AUGUGCAUAGUAUUUUUGUCAAUUUCAGACAACCCUAUACAAGACGGAUACAAACUUAUUGUCGGCGUAAACAGGGACGAGUAUAUCAAUCGGCCAACGAAGGAACUUCAUUGGUGGAAGGAUCGACCAGAUAUUAUCUCAGGCGUUGAUCUUGUUUCUGGUGGAGAGGGGGGGACAUGGCUUGGGAUGUCCACAGGAGGAAAGAUUGGAAUCCUCACCCACUACAGACAGAGUGAUAAAUUUAAGGGGAAAAACGAAAUACGAAGAGGACACCUUGUGUCGGACUAUUUGAAAUCCGAGAAAGGACCCAGAGCAUUUUUGGACGAUGUUAAGAAAAACCACGAGAAAUACCGUGGUUUUAACUUGAUUCUUGGUGAAGUCAUUCCUGGGAAAACUGAAAUGAAUUUCAGUUAUUAUUGCAACAAGGAGAGUCGGCCUUUGCAGGACUUGACACCAGGAAUCUAUGGUCUUAGUAAUCGAUAUCUGGAUUAUGGUUGGAAGAAAGUUGAUUUGGGAAAGAAACAGUUUGAAAAGAUCGUGAAAGAAGAGAGUUCAAUGCAAGGGAAAGUUGAUAAAGUUUUGGAACUGUUACUAGAUGAGACUAGGUAUUCUAUCGAUGCCUCAUUUCGAGGUCCUGAGGAUGAUGGUCUUUCCGAAGAGUUCCUCGAAGGACUUACUGCAAUCUCGAUUAAAAUGCCCGAGUUCAACUGUUGUUCACGAACCAAUUCAGUCAUAGCGGUGGACCAUGAAGACAAUGUAACAUUUCUAGAGAGAACUAUGGUUCAACCAAUGAGCAUUGAAAACCCGCGCUGGAUGAAAAAGAGUUUUAAAUUUAAAAUAUCUUAGAAUUUACAAACGUUUUCUUGGAAAAGUCCUGGUGAAGAAAUUACUUCAUUCAUAGAAUAUCAGAGAAUGUUUGAAAUUCAGUAUCUUAUAAUUUGUUUUGUAAAAACUAUUUCGCCUGCCUCCAAAUGGUCAAGUAGUAUAGAUUGAUUAGUUUUUUGGGGCAGUUUGUACUUAAUAGUAAAUUGCUUUCUUUUGUAAGUUAUUUAUAUAGUUAAUAGCACACCCCUGAUGAAAAUCAGCAAAAUUUCUAAUGUGGUCAUUGUGCCUA